AAGCGUCUGAACAAGGAUCUCCCCCACCACCCCGUCGUCAUGCUGAACUUCUGCCCCGACCUGAGGACGGUCCAGCCCGACCUCGGCAAAGCCCACGGGGAGUUCGUCUUCCUCGUGGACCGCAGCGGAAGCAUGAGCGCCGUCGACAUCAGCCGCGUCAAGGAUGCCCUGCUGGUGGUUCUCAAGAGCCUGAGGCCAGCGUGUCUCUUCAACGUCGUCGGGUUCAGAUCGACCUUCAAGGCGCUGUUCCCCGCCAGCCAGACCUACUGCGAGGAGAGCCUGGCCAUCGCCUGCGAGAGCGUCAAGAGGAUCCGGGCCGACAUGGGCGCCGCCAACGUCUUCUCGCCCUUGAAGUGGGUCGUUCGGCAGCCGAUCCACAGGGGCCACCCCAGGCUGCUCUUCCUGCUGACCCGCGGGGCCGCCGGCGAUACGGGCAAGGUCCUCGAGCUGCUGCGAAACCACGCGUGCUCCACCAGGUGCUACAGCUUCGGCAUCGGGCGGGAGCCCUGCAGGAGGCUGGUUCGCGGGCUGGCCGCCGUGUCCAAGGGCAGCGCUGAAUUCCCGGCGGAGGGGGAGAGGCUGCAGCCCAAGGACCAGGGAACCGGCAGCAAGAGAGAGACGAGAGACAAGAUCAGGACAUCGAGGAAACAACUCCAGUGCCAGCCCAGCUGAACUUAACCUG